AUGCCCCGUGCGGCGGCUUCGUGGGGAGGCGCUCGCCGCACCGGUGGAAGCGCCGGCUCCAAGGCAUUCAUGCCGCAGGUGAUCACCGUGGCGCCGGACUACACUACUUUCCCGCCCGACGUAUCCAAAUACCUGAAGGACGUUAUUCGCCGCCGUGAGGAGGCCGCGAUGCUCAGGCUACUGCCCACCGCCCAGCUGAUGAGCCAGGCGGUUCUGCAGGCGCAGGCAGCGUACGAAUCGAUUGUGCAGCAGGAGGCGCUCGAGUUUCUUCAGAUCUCCCACAGGCGCAGGGAGACAGAGAUGAAGCUAAAGGAGCAGGAAUCGAACAAGGCGAAUAGAGAAAAGAUAGAGGAACAGAAAAGGCAGCACAAGGAGGAAAUCGUACAGCAGAAGAACGACGUGGCCGCAGCAACGAGGCAGACGGAGGCGGAGAUCAAGGAAAGGCUGAAGACGCUCCUGUCUCUGCAGCCGAAGCUGAACAUUGUGCCAGUCGUCAUGGCUCAGUUGCAGGACCCGACGAGCGACUGCGCGCUUCUAGGGGCGCUCAUGGUGGAGGAAAAGCGGCUGCAGAAAGCCCUGAAAAGCGAUGCGCGGUACAACAAGUCAAAGACGGCGGGAAUGGAUGGCGGUGCCGUGCCGUACUGGUGGAAGCAGUGCGUCUGCGCCUCCUUUAAUGUCUCGGCGAUCGUGAAGAAGGAGCCUCACCGCGCCAGCAUCGUCGACGUAUGUGUUGCCACCAAAACGCCCGCAGACAAGAAGGUUGUUGUUGUGAAGGACAAGGAGGGCAACGUCGUCGCGUGGGCGCACACCCGAAGUGGCCCCGAUCCGAACGCCCUGGCGGAGGCAUACCUGGCUAUGAAGCCGGAAGUUCCCGAGCUGCCGGCAAACGCCUACAAGGGCGUGCUCUGGCCAAAGGAGGAUGCGAUGGACGUGAUGCGCAAGGCGAAGGCCGCCAAGAGCCCCAUCGCCGACAUCCUGCCGGAGGUCAUCACGAUUCUCAGCUACAGCGAGAUGAGUUCGCACGAGAUGUUGGUGAGAGACGUUACUGCGGUGGCCGAGGCGGCUUCCCAAUUGUAG